AUGCUCAAUAAGAAAGGUCAACUACAACAACUGAACCCCGGUCUUCUCGAUCACCAACACCAAGCGUUCGUUAAGCACGAACCCGGCAUGGAACGAUCCGCCUCGCCCCACGGUUCUGAACACUCGCAAUACUCCAACCCUCACAUCGCUCGAGCCUACCCUUCGCCCGCCGCCAUGCAAGCGCCGAUGCACAUCCCCAACCCCAUGCCAGCCGCGAUGCAGCUCCCUGGCUUCCCUGAGAUGCCCAACAUGGGCGGCAUGCCCAACAUGCACAUGCAGCAGAUGCAGCAACAACCUCCGCCUCCUCCUCAGCAACCCAUCAAGGCCUACCCGUGUAGCACUUGUGGAAAGGGCUUCGCGCGACGCAGCGAUCUCGCCCGUCACGAGCGCAUCCACAGCGGUGUCCGUCCUCAUGUUUGCGACUGGCCCAACUGCGGCAAGCAAUUUAUCCAAAGGUCUGCCCUGACAGUGCAUCAGCGCGUGCACACUGGAGAGAAGCCUCACCACUGCGAGACUUGCGCAAAGCCCUUCAGCGACAGCAGCUCUCUGGCCCGACAUCGCCGGACACACUCCGGAAAGCGCCCUUACAAGUGCCCUUAUGCCGACUGCCAAAAGACCUUUACCCGCCGAACUACCCUCACUCGCCACCAGAACCACCACAGCGGAACUAUCGAGGAGGCUGCCGCUGCGACUGCUGCCGCUCUCGCUGCCUCCAAGUCCAAGGGCAUGUCACAGCCCCGAUCUGAAAGCGACCUCAUGUCCAACAAUGGCUCUCCUCACACAACCCCCUCUCCUGGCCAGCGAACAAUGUCCAUGUCUCCCAGCGUUGAUCUCUCCGGAACCAACAGCAUUCCUCGUCACCCUGGCGACUUCCAGUACCUGCAACAGAGCGGUUCUCUGCCCAUGCACAUGCGCGUGGGUAGCCCUACAUCGACUUCCUCCGGCGGCUACAACAUGAUGCGACCUACAUCGCAUCCCACCAGCUAUGGUCCUCCUCCUACUCUGGAGCCCAACCUGGAGCACAGCCAGGGCGCUCCCAGCAGCAAUGGUGGUAGCCCUCACAUGGCCAAUGUUGGCUGGCAGUCACCAUCCCAUGUCCCUUCUCCAUCGCAGAACAAUGCCAGCUACGUGUAUCCCGAUCCCUCGGAGGCAUACCCGACCAACCCUGCCAUGAACCAGAUGUACUACGGUGCGGCGGCGCAUAUGCGACGGCCGCAGAGCGCCGAGCCUGGACUGGUACACAUGGCUUAG